AUGGACAAGACAGAUAUCGCCGGCUUCAACCCUUCGGGUCAUUUCGACCAACUCUCGUCCAAAUAUGACGAUCUGAUCGGCCUUAUGACGGGCGAUAUUGCGCGCUACACCUUACAGACACUCAUUGAGACCCCUAGCUCAGACAUGACAAUCCACGACAAUGCAUGCGGCACAGGUCUCGUGACUGAAUACCUCCAGCAUGUUUCCUCCAAGACAGGAACUUACCCAAAAAUGAUACAUGCGACAGACUUCGUGCCGUCUGUCACUAAACUCAUGCAGAAUAAGGCCACCCAGCAAGGAUGGAAGAAGGUCGACAUCUCCGUCAUGGACAGCCAGGACCUCACAUUCGCCGAUGGCUCCUUUGAUCUGAGCAUCACCAAUUUUGGCAUCUUUUUCCUCCCCGAUCCGCAGAAAGGGGCGGAUCAGAUCUACCGCACGUUGAAAGUCGGUGGUACCGCCGUCGUCACGGCAUGGAAGGAAAGAAGGAUGAUGGAUACGGUCGCCGUCGCGCAGAAAACCAUAAGGCCGGAUUUGGAGAGCCUGCAGAGCCCGUGGGCAGAGCUCUGGUCUAAAGAGGAAACCUUGCGCAACGUUCUUGUCAAUGCGGGCUUCAAGGCCGAGAAUGUGAGGAUCGUGGAGAAAAGGACGGAUUCGGUGGUAGAACCGUUCCUUCGAGAUCCCGAGAUGGUGGCGAGGUCUUACCCAGCGGCUGUGGAGGGAUGGAGCGACGAGGAAAAGGGUAAGUUAGGACAGGAGAUGUUGAGAAUCGCGCGCGAGAGGGAUCCUGAGGGAGGAGGAGCCGGUGGCCUCUACUCCGUGGCGUAUAUCGCCGUUGUGAAGAAGUGA